AUGAUCUGGAGAAGAGACGGCCGGCGUCAGGAUUACCGACAACCUACAGCUAGCCUGGGACAGAUCCGAUGGUUGUAUUCUCCUACAUUUGGACAAUAUUUCGGCAACCGGCUACAUAAAACACCUGGACGGAGUCUGGUAUCGGACUCUAAUAAUAUCGGAGGACAUUUACCAUUUCUAAAUUACACGCAAGCUUACCCUACGACUAGGGUUCCCUCAGGAUAUUACCUAUAUCACGAACUGGGUUUCAUGACAACAACUGACAACGGGACUCCUUGGUCACCAUCGCAUCACGGAGAUCUGGGUGACACGCACCUCGCCACUACGGCAGAAUCAAAUGGGCUCCCGAUCCUAUUGACUCCAUUCUGGGCUAUCCACUGCCCUUCCAAUGUCUCCCAUCUUACGGACAACCCACAAGAUACCAUCGGAGACUUUGGUGGCUCACGUUCCAUGACAGGACUUUUCAUAUGCCGCGAGGCAUCAUACGCUCCAGAACCAGUAUCGGAAUACACUCAGUUAUGGGUCUUAGUUGUGGUUCUCUCUAUUCCUAUGGGUUUGACCUAUGGAUUUGGAUACUCACUCCAACUAACCCUCGAGGAAUUUCACAAUCGAGACAGCCUCUCUCUCUCUCUUUGUAUACUAUACCUUUCACACCAGUUAUGGCCACCACCUUACCAGGUGGGCACGUUGACCACUGCUCAUAUGGUUGUGGAGAUCGAUUGGUUAUCGGUCAUUCGGGUCAUGGAUGCAUCUCAGACAUCCACUACACAUCUUCCUUCGCCGAUGUUCAUUGGCUGGGUCACGAGAAGAGACUUUCAGGGUGUUCUACUUCCUCGGACUCUUCACACAUCCUGUGUUGUUCCAUAGCGUUAAAAAUGCAAAAUACGAAGCCUCCUGUCCUGUUAUAACAUUGUAGAUUAUGCUAGCGCAGUGUACCUAUAAUCUUAAUUUUAUUAAGGACAGGAGGCGAGUAUUUUCCCACCCUGCUUUUUCCCUCCCUAUUUAUCAUUCCUUGGGUUGUACUUCAAUAAAAGAUUUGAAUUCAGGGGGUGUGGUUAUCUCUUUAUUACGUGGUUUAUUUCCUAUCACAUCUUGAAAUUACGACUGCUAUCUGUUAUGAUUUCCUAAUAAAUACUAUUUGACUAUAUUAAUGUCUCUAUCAUAGCUACCUAUUUCAGUUAAAAAAUUCUUGUCUCAUCUGAUAAAUUCCUUUUACGUAAAAUACUACUGGCGUUUUAUAAACAGUAAUAUUGAUUAUGCUAAUAAUAAUGAGGACAAACGGUUCAUUUCCAAAUCCCUUUCACGUCUUUUUUUUCUUUUCAGUUUGAUUCUUCUUCAUGGAUCAAUACAUGGGAUCGUCUUCGCACUCUACGACAAUCUUCCAAUCGGGAUUCGGAUCAUUUACAGUCUGAUUCUUCGUCGUUAUCAUUAA